AUGGCGCUCCUGCAAACGUCCCUGAUUUGGGUCGUAUAUGCAAUUGCCAUAGCCGUGCUAAUUGCAGUCGCGUCUGUCUUUAUAUAUGUGUAUCAGACGCCUCGAGACAGGUCUCCGUCUGUGACACUGACGUGCAUAUUCGCGAUCACGACACUCCUUGCGACGGUGCUGCUGUUACCAGUCGAUGUCGCCCUGGUCUCAUCCACAAACUCUUCGGCACUAGGACGCAGAAAGGAUUGGGCCACUGAUCAUGAAGUCAACAAGAUCCUCUUUUCGUUGAAAGUUGUGUAUUACUUGCUAUACUCUCUGGACGCCCUCCUUUGUCUCCUGGUGAUACCCUUCACCUACUUUUGGUACGAAGAGUACGAUGAAGUCGCUGCAGAGGAAGGAGAACAGACAACCGGUAACCGGUUCUGGGCUGCCUUCAAAUACACUAUCACCUUUAUCGCGAUAGUGAUCGUUCUGUUCCUGGUUGGAUUUUUUGUCCCUGUCGCAAAGGACAACCAUUCUGGUGGACUGGACUACUUCAAAAAGCUUUUGACUGAGAACCGCGGCGAACGUGCCCUUACCUUUGCCCUUGGCUUGCUGAUAACGAUCGGUCUGUGUCUAUACGUCCUGUACACCUCUACUGGUCUGGCCCUCCUUCCCGUCAGUCUGAUCAAGACGGCGCCAUCGAUUUCAGCUCCGAAUCUGAAAGCGACGACCGCUAUGCAACUCGACUCCAACCGAGAGCGUCAGCGCCAAUUGGAGGGCCGCUGUGGAGGGAACACGGAGCUAUUGUCUUCCAAGGAUCGCCGAGAGCUGGACAUGCUUGUCCGGGAAGAACGGACCCUUAUCCGACGACAACGUCUAGCCGACGAAGCGCAAGGGGAAGGCCGCAGCUGGCUUAUGAGAGCAUGGUUGAAAACCGAAGCUGUCUUCCGUCCGUUCAAGUUACUUGGCGGCAUCAUUCUACUGAUUAUUGCCCUUGUCAUAUGGGUAUCCAUGCUGUUGACAGCCAUUGAUAAGGCUACGAACUCUUUCUGCAAAUACCAUUGUGGAUACAUCCUCGGACACAUCACCGUCUUCAACCCCAUCAACUGGGUCUUCGUUCAGGCUGCGAAGGUCUUCCCAGUUGACUACGUCAUCUUCACCCUGCUCGUGCUUCUUUUCUUUUGCAGCUCAGUCGUGGGGAUUGCUAUCGUCGGAAUCCGAUUUCUGUGGAUCAGGAUCUUCCAAAUUCGAAAGGGCCAUACAUCUCCACAGGCUCUGCUACUAACUACGGCCAUGUUGAUGUUAACAAUCUUAGCUCUCAACUAUUCCGUGUCGAUGGUCGUAGCGCCUCAAUACGCGACUUUUGGACCACAAACUUUCUGUGAUCGCACAACUGGCACCUUUGGGGAACAAGCGGAUUGCUCCAACGCCAGACACCUUAUCAAACCAUGCUCAGAGAUGAUCAAAAAUCCGGCCGCGAGUGGGGUUUGCACGCCGAGCAUCGCCAGCACGUUCCUCAAUCGAGUGACGAUCAACUUCCCAUUCUUUGGCGUGAUAUUCUUCUGGGGCCAAUUCGUCUUCCUUGGUGUAUAUCUUAUCGUUGUGGUCGCCUCUCUUUUCCGUUCUCCCAAGUUGGAUGAGCGGCAAAUGGACGAGGAUGCUGAGGAAGCUGAGGAAGAAGGCCUACUAGCAAGCACGGGACGAAGGCUUGAUACAGCCUGGCAAGACAUCACCGGAAGGUCCAAUAGGCAACGCGAUUCCUGA